AUGACAGUUACUCGCCUCCCGCCUGCCGCAAAGCUUAGCCUGAUGGACAGGAAGAAUGUCCGUGACUCGUUUGACUCUAUCAAGCCAGAGCUCGAGAAGGAGAUUUCCGACAUGCUCGGCACUGCGUGGACGAUCGAGGUCGACCCCAAGGACAUCGUCCCCUAUCUCACCAAUGACACCCAGGGCAGGGCUGGCGAUGUGAUCCGCGAAUACAUGAACGGUGCCGUCUGGGGUCUUAAGAACUUUAUUUCAAACAACAAGGAUAACGGCAAGAACGAGUUGAACACUGCCGCUCCCAAGCACAUUCUCAGCUUUGACAUGGACGAGGCCGGCAAGUACGAGUACUGCGGCCCUAUGAUCAAGGACGGCGUGCUGUACGUUGUCUUCAACCCCAACAACUUUUUCUGCAACGUCGACAGCGGCCUCGAAGAAAGCAAGUUGCUCGAGGUCAUGUCCGCCUCUCCGGCCGCCAAAGCCGAGGUUCUGUCCCCGACCGCCAAGCUUAGCAUCGCCAAAAGGUACGACCCCAAGUCUGAAGGACUGCGCAAGCAAAUCGCCGACGCCCUCAACAUGCCUGACAUCAAGCUCGUCCCCAACUUUGAACACAACUACACCAAGCUCAAGGCGGCCCAGGAGGCUGGUGUCGACAUCCGCAAGGAUUGGGAGGAGGCGCUGGCCCGCGCAGCCAUCGAUUACUUUGACGAGCUUCGGUUCUCGCUCAAUAGCCACAAGUUCCCAAAGGACGAUCUCCUGCAGGAAGCGUUCGCCGAGGUCGUCACCGAGAAGGAAAUCGUGCUCCGCGCUAUCGACGAGCUCAAGCACGGCGGGAAGCGGAGUGAGAGCUGCUUCGAGAACGGCCGCCUCUACAUCGAUUUUACGCCCAAGACAUUCUGGGUGAACGCGGGUGGGGCGGGACAAAUGAUUGUUGACCGGCUCAACGAGGUCGCCUAA